AUGAACUAUUGCUCCAAUGAGCCCGUUUUGGGCUCGCUUCUUAGCUACGCUGACUGGUGUAAAGAAAGCGAAGAGGAAAAACUCCACAAGAGAACCAAAGUUAAAGUUAAAAGGUCUAAUGGAACAAGUAAACCCGACUCAGUGGAGAAUUUGAGGAAUUCCUCUGAAAACAAUGGAGAAAUAAGUAAUGGGAAACAGAGUAAAACUAAUAAGGAACCUGAGAAACGUAAAAGAUAUGGUGUAAACGGAUCAGAAUCAAAGGGGGCUAGAGAUCAAAACCCAGAAUCAAUGACCUCAGAUAGUUAUAUCGAUUUAUUGGAGUUGGCAAAUUAUUCAUCAGAUGCCUCCUCAAAAAACACUCAAUUUAAAUCAAAUACUACCACUAGUAUGAAUAAUAAUGGUAUUGGUAAUAUGAGUACUACUAGUAUGAAUAAUUUGAAUAAUGGCGUGAAUAAUAAUGGAAAAAAUUCAUGCAGGAAGAGAAUGGAUCUGAGAGAAGUGUCAUUGGAGAGAUUAAGCACAUUGGAUAGCCUAGGAUCUCGAAGUGAUUCUGGCGGUGUAAAUUUUAAUGUAGAUUCAGAGGAAUUCAAAUACGAGUCGCUGCUAAGUGAGUUGAGGAGAAGAGGAUUUGAACCGAAGACGCUUGGAGAUGUUUUAAGAAGCCGAAACAAACAAUGGGCAAAGACCCAGUGUAUUCAUAGUAGCGCAAAAGAAGAUUUUGAACGGCAUCUGAAUAUGUAUAAAAACCACUUCAGAUCAUAUAGAAAGACCCUAGAUGGAUGGAUCCCUAAGUCGUGUAACGUUAAUAAUAACAACAAUUCAAAAGGUAAUUUAAGUGGGAAAAUGGGAUCAAGACGUAACUUUGAAAAGUUAACGUGGAGCAAUAUCAUUUUUUGUCCUAAUUUUCGCCCAGGAGGCGAAAUUAUAUACAGAUUUUCACGAAAGACAAUGAAAACAUACAAUACACUCUAUGAUACAAUAAACAAAGGCUGGGUACAUCCAGAUCUUCUAGUUUGCUUAGUGAGAGACGCUUCACAUCCAGUAAGAUUCGCAACUCCACCUGAACAGGACUGUUACACCGCUAUUUACACUGGGCCAGAAAUCAGCGAGAACCUGGACACAAAGGUCAUUUUCGGAGAAUACACAGGCAUAGUGUACAGAGAAGAUUGUGUACCAGACUCCAUCUUCGAGUAUGCAUUUGAGCUAAAUUUUACGUCGGCAUCCUGGGUGGACGCUGAACUUGAAUUCAGACACGAUAAACAGUACAUUAGAGAUGUUAACGGGACAAUUUUCCUCCCAAAUAACUCAAAGUACGUGCUUGAUAGUACACACGCAUUCAACGAGUUGUCGAUGGUUAACCACUGCCAAUCAAUUGCAGCAUACGGGGGGGAAUAUUUCUUACAAGCGAACUGUGAAUGGCAGCAAGUUAUAUUUGAUGGCUGGCCACACGUAAUCCUAACCAACAAACAAGGAGUUAAGAUCCAAACUGGAGAUGAACUAAUUGCAGAUUUCGGAGCACUGUGGUUCCAAAAGGUUGAAGAAAAUUGCCACCGACAAUUAAAACGAGAACUUAUUUCCUACAGACUUUUAUCAACGGCUAAUAAAUCAGAUAAUAAUCCAUCAAAUGACUCACCAAAUGAUGAAGUACAGACUAAUAAAGUAAAAAAUAGUAUAUUGGUUCAAGAAUUGCCGAAUGAUAAGAGUUUGAACAAUUUGGACUAUUUUGUGGUCAAUAAUAACACGUCAUACGUGUGUGCAAUUUGCCUGGACGAGGAUUUGAACGACUACCCGAACACAUCUACAAAAAAGAUACUUACACACAGAAAAAAUUCAACAAUGUCAACCCAAACGCUUUCGUCAGACACCACAAUGAAUACAGGACAAAAUGCAGAGGAGUACAGAGACGAAGACGACGAAGAUGAAUGCAUAGUGUGCGACGGAUGUGAUCGGAUUUUCCACAUAAAGUGCCUCGAGAAGAUAACAACGACAGCACUCAACUACGUUCAAACGGAGUUCCAAAACACAAAGUUCAUCAACUUUCAAGCAUAUCUGAGGAACAACAAGUACACAGUCUCUGAAGGAAACUUGAUCAACUUGAACCUGAUCAAGUGGUACUGCAUGUACUGCAGGUACCUGUGCAAGCAAAUAAUCCAGCAUGACCUAAACCAGGACUUUAUGCCGUUGCAAUCUUGUAUUUAUAUAAACACACCAGAAUCCAUCGACGAGAUACCAAAUUCUUCACAGAACUCAUCAAGUUCACAGCCAGAAACAUCAGAUAACACACCUGAAACUAGUCAGCAAGAUAGUUUUUAUCCAUCCUCCAGUGUUAACGUUAAGUCAGAAGAAUCGAAUGAAAAGAAGGAAGCGGAAGCGGAUCCAGAAAGCGAUGAGUCGGAAGUUGAACUUGUUAACAAUAACCUAAUCGACCUAAAUAAAAUCACAAACUAUAUUAACAAACUUAUUUAUAACACAAGUAAUAGCCCUGAUAAUAGUGCUACAUCGCAAAAGGAGAAUACCCCAACGCCCAAAGAUAAUUAUAAUUUCGAGAAUCAUAAGAAUGCUGAUAAUGUUGAAGGAGGUAAGUUGGAAAAAGAGGUAGGGAAAAGAGGUAAAAAAAAUGGUGAGAAGGAAUAUCCAAAACAUAAAAGAAAGAAAAUUAAAAGUUGUUUGUCACUCAAUUAUCUGAAACGAAAGAAUAGGAGGAAGAUGAUGGUCAAAAACGUGAAGACAAAGUCGAAGCUGUUUAAAGGAAAUAAGACGAAAACCCUGAAAAGAAUUAAGCUGAUAAAUAAGCCAACCUCGCUGGAAAUCUCAAAGUAUCUAGUCAAGCAAAAGAUACUCUCCAACACCACAAAUAAAGGACAAAUUCGACUCUUUGGUAAUUACAUUAACUUUAGAACAUACUGCUGCCCAACAGGUUCACCUAGAUCAGAUACCAAUGAAGAACGAAAUAAUACAGCAAAGAAUAAAAUUGGUCCGAAUAGCGUUGAAACGAUUACAAGCUCCAGCCAGAAUCCAAAUUAUAUGGUUGACCAAAACAAUAAGGAUAAAGAAGCCGAUGAUAAUGAAUUGACGAUAAAUUUGUUUAACUUGGGGUUGAUAUCACUAAACAUGAAUGAAACAUCCGAGUUAUUGGAAGCAGAAAACAAGACAGCAAGUACGGAAGAAACAUGUAGUACAACCAGCGGGAAUGAGCUUGACUUGUCUCUGGAAGACGCUAACAACUGUAACGUGGUGUAUUCUGAACUGCUGAGAAAAUGUAACGACACAAUUAAUUCGAGAAAUUCAGGUUCAGAAAAGGUUAACAGUUAUGACACACUAACUAAAGCAGUUAAUUCCCCAGUAGUUAAGGAUAAUCAGAGCUCGGACGAUAGUACGAACCCAACAAACUCGCCAACAUUUAAUAACGCAACAUACCAGCAGAUAAUUAACAAAGUGAAAGAUAACCCAGAUGAAGUUCUUAACGUGAGUUAUGAUAACAGCAUAAUGAAUAAUAUAAUAGAUUACCUGAACUGCAGAUAUUUGAUGGGAAUGUGGCAAGUGGAGCCAUUUUCCAUAUUUGGAGAAGCAGUGAGAGUGUGCGUAGAUUGUAAUAAGAAGUGCGGACCAAAGGCAAACGUUUAUGUGUGUAGAGUUCUAAAGCGUCAUUUAUCUGGAAACUUUGACCACCCAAAGUCCACAAACGUUGAACAAAUGAAGGAACUCAUACUCAUCUCAUUUGAACAGCAUAUAAACUAUUUACUGAGGUUACUAGUUUUAAAGAAUAUCAUUAUUGACUUUUUGAUCAAACUCUCGUGUCAUUUUCUUACCUCGAACAACCAUAACCAGAGUAAUUCGUGUGCUAAUACUACAGAUUCAGUCACAACGGGAAAAACAGGUGAUACACAGGUGAGUGAAGAAAAUAGUAAAAAGGAUGAAACUUCUUGUUUUAAAGAUAUUCGAGUGAAUAACGUGGAAGAAAAUUUGGAGGUUGGUGGAUCUGAAGUGACUAAGAAUAGUGAAUUGGUUGAAAAAACACAAAAGAAACUGACAAGUAGGAGUAAUGUAAAGAAGGAUUCGGUGGUAGGCGUGGAUAAAAAUUGCAUAUACAAUAACGUAAACGAGUUCAUAAAGUGUAUAAGUAAUAAUAUUAAGAGGAUACCCCAGGGCGACAUCCUGUUUAACUACGAGUUAUUGAAGAGUCUGGGCGGGUUCGAGGAGGAUUUUGUCCGAAUAAUUAACUGCGACGAUCUGUUCAAGUACAUCAACGACCUCUCAAGUUACAUGUGCUACAACUCAGACCAGGUGCCCUCGAGCAUACAACAGAUACUCUCGAAGGACGAACUUAUGAGGUUCACCCACUUCAGAAAAUACCUCAUCAAGGACGUCAAUCUGUUCGUGAACACGAGCUCUAACAUCCCACACAACAACGUUUCGGGGGAAAAAGCGUAUCAAAGUCUACCCAAGGAUACUUCAGAGUACAACUCAGAAGUGUGCAUGAAAUCUGAACUUGACCAGGUCAUCAAGAGUACUAACUGUGAGCUAGAGUACUGGGACCCUGCAUCUCGUAGAUUCUCAGAUGAAGUGGAUGAAGAUACCGUCAAAAUAAACUUAAAUAACGUCAUCAGAAUAAACAAUAAUACUGUUUUUAGAUAUAAUAAAAGGAUUCUAAAGCUGAGACCUGAAGAUGUUCAAUCCCAGGAAUUCAUACCGAUGAUUGGAGUCAAGCCGGGCAAGACUAUCAUUUAUCGCAAAUUCUCAGAUGGAUAUUAUCAAGGACUUGUGAAUAAAUAUACUAAUAGUAGUACAUAUUUUAAGAUCGAGUAUAGUGAUGGAGACGACGAGUUGAUGGACCCGUUUGACCUGAUGAACGAGAUCAUCUUGAACCUAAGCAAUAUUGAAAACAUUUUGCUACAGCUUUCAAAUAACGAUGUAAAUAACGGGAGGUAUAUUCAGCAGAUCCAGUUCAUAACUAACCUGGUCAAGAACAAUAACUCGAAUGAUAAAGCAAAAACAGUAAAUGAAGACGGAACAAAUUCAGGAAGUGAGAUUAAUGGAGUUGAAACAAGUGAGAAGUUGAAGGAAGUUGACAUAACAGGCCACACCUUGUUUAAAAAGAUGACCAGUGAGCUGAGGAAUUACAUGCUCCACCAGCUAAUAAACGUAGAAUACAUUAGUAAAAGACGUAAAUGUUCCCAGUAA